ACAAACAAAGGUAUUAGAAGAAAAAGAUGAAGCUAGUUUGGUCUCCUGAAACAGCUUCAAAAGCCUAUCUUGACACCAUACAAACAUGUGGAAUUUCAACGAAAUCCAGUGUAGCGGAAUUUUUAUCAGCUAUGGCUGCAGGAUACAACGCGAAAUUAACAGUUGAAGCAUGGAAACGUGAUAGUAAGAUAAAUGGUGGGUCGAUUGCCACGAGCAUCGGCCUAGCCAUCGCGAUAAAACACAAUCGUGGAAGGUACGUAUGUGUGGUGCCAGACGAAAAGUCAAGACUGGAAUAUGUAGGCGCCAUGCAAAAUUCAGGUGUGGCGUUACCAGAAGUGAUGGUGGGAGAGGCAAAAGAGGUGAUGGAAAGGCUAAAUGGAGUUGAAUUUUUGGUUGUGGAUGAGAGGAGAAGUGACUUUAUUUCAAUCUUUAACAGUGCUAAAUUGAGUCAUCAUGGUGCUAUUUUAGUGUGCAAAGAUGGAAGCAAAAUAAGAAAUAUAGAUAGUAACAAGUUUAGUUGGGAUACUGUUCUUAAUGGAAAAGUUUGUGUUGUGAGAUCAGUGACACUUCCAUUUGGGAAUGGAUUGGAGAUUGCUUAUAUAGCAAGUAAAGAUGGAAAUCAGAAGGUUCGAAAAUACGCAAAACGAUGGAUUAGACAUAUCGAUCGAAAUUCAGGUGAAGAGCAUGUUAUUCGACGAUGA